CUGCUCCGUUAUCACGUUUUGUAAACUUGUAACCCGCUUCCUUGUUACAACAGCGGUUCAGUCAAGGUCCCGACAUGUCCCUGAGUAUUUUAUAUCACAGCUCACUCCACAACAAUGUCAGACUUGUAGUGAAAUGCCACCGCACUACGGCCGUCAGGUUCACACACGGUGUUUUCCGGAGAGACGGCGGACUGACACAUACGCUGUGGCCGAGGAGAGUGCACCACUGCACGGUGAAUGUGAGUCACUGGCGCACCUGCAGAACAACACAAUGGUUAAAUCAGCAGAGCACCAGAAACUAUUCAUCACUGCCCCCACCUCCAUCAGGAGGUAAGGCCAAGAAGUCUGGGCCAGUGACGUGGAAAUCUUUAGCAAUAACAUUUGCUAUUGGUGGCACUCUGUUGGGAGGGAUGAAGUACUUAAAGAAAGAAAAAGAAGAAGCGAUUGAAAAAGAGAAGAAUAGAUCGAUAGGACGGCCAGCGCUCGGUGGUCCAUUCUCACUCAUCGACCACAACAACAAACCCGCCAAGAGUGAGGACUUCCUGGGCCAGUGGGUCCUCCUCUACUUCGGCUUCACCCACUGCCCAGACAUCUGCCCUGACGAAUUGGAGAAGAUGAUCGAAGUGGUGGAUGAGAUCGACAACAUAAAGUCUCUUCCAAACCUGACGCCGAUUCUCAUCACCAUCGACCCCGACAGAGACACACCAGAGGCCAUGGCCACAUAUGUAAAAGAGUUUUCCCCUAAACUGAUUGGUCUGACGGGGACCACAGAGCAGGUUGAAGCCGUCUCCAGAUCCUACAGAGUCUACUACAGUCAGGGACCAAAGGACGAGGACAACGACUACAUUGUCGACCACACCAUCAUCAUGUACCUCGUGGGACCCGACGGAGACUUCGUGGAAUACUUUGGACAGAACAAGCGAAGUGCGGAAAUCUCUGCCUCCAUAGCGGCGCACAUGAGACGCUACAGGAACGCCAAAUGAGCUGGCGUUGGCCUCGCACUGCAGACUCUGUCCUUGUUUCUUUUGUGAUCUUAAACCUCAAAUCAUCACUGUCAUGUCAUGUUGGGACGCUUUGUUUACUCUGAACUAAACACAUCUGCGGUAACACUCCUCAUGAUGGAUGGUUUCGCAGGAGAGAGUGGCUCUGCGGCAUGAUACUGUCACACCGUUCUCCGUUAUUAUCCGCUGUGAACGUCACUCUGCUGCCGUUGCGUUCACUCUGCAUUUUGGAGAAUAAAAGCAUCAAAUGGAGAGAAAAUAAAUGUUGGAGAAAGAAGUAAAGGUGUGUUCCUGUGGUAAGGACUCAGAGUAACACGGCAUUGUUGGAUUCGGUUGUUUCUAUUUGACAGAGUGCUUUGUUUCUUUAAAACUGGUUUGUUUUCAUCACAUUUAUAUUUACAAGAAUCUGCUGGAAACCCUUUGUGUGAUAACCUGAGACUUAAAUUAUAUGGAAUUUUCUAUUUUACUUCUGGAAAGUGCUGCAAAAAAUGUGAUUAUAAUAAAACAUAAAAUAUUUGACCAUAUUGUCCAUCCUGUUUUCAUAUCGUUGAGUUUUUCCACAGUUGUUUUACUCACAUACUGUAGUUAAAUAGAAACUUGAGUCACUUGUACGUCCUUUGCAACUCUGUUUUAUGUCACUUCACAGGAAAAUACUGUAUUUUUUAUUCCACCCCCUUUCUCUAAAUAUGAUAAACUGAAGAAUGAAGAGUUUAUUUAUAGCUUGAGCUUGAAAAUGUUCAUCGUUUUCUCUAGUAGAAGUUCAGAUACUUUUGGAAAAACAGACCUAAUUUGAACUCUUUACUGCAGUAAAAGUGAAAAAGUUCAGGCCAUGAAAUGUCCUCAAAGUAUAGAAAUAAACCCUAAGGCUUUA